GCAGCCUUCCCCUGUGUGUCACCCCCACCUCCCCCAGACAGCCCCUUCCCGCUGGGCGCCCCAGACCCCCUCUCGCUCUGCGUGCCGGACACGUGGGGCUCCAGCACCCACUCCUGUGAUGAAACCCCUUGUGCCUGCUCCCACGGGGCCACCCCAGCCAAAGUCAUCAGCCCCUGCCGCAGCAUCCACGCAGACAUCAAACCGGAGAACGUCUUGCUGUACGGACGCGCCAAAAGCCUCCAAAGGCUUCUGCCCGAUACACUCGACUAUGGCCAGAGAACAGAUUUGAGGCUAAAGGGACCAGGAGGUGAUCCUGGCAAUCGAUUGGAAGAAUCUGAUUUAAUGAGCAUAGAAGUGAAAAUUGCAGAUCUGGGCAGCGCGUGCUGGACAUACAAGCCUUUUUCCAAGGAGAUACAGACCCAGCCGUACCGUGCUCUGGAAGUGCUGCUUGGAUUGGACUACGGCACUCCUGCGGAUAUCUGGAGCACAGGCUGCCUGGCAUUUGAAAUGGCAACUGGGGAGUGUCUAUUUGAUCCUCAACCUGGGAAAUAUUUCUCCAGAGAUGAUGAUCACGUUGCUCGUAUUAUUGAACUUUUGGGAAGAAUUCCUCCCCACAUUGCUUUCUCCUGGAACAAGUCAACAAAUUUUUUCAGCAGGCCAGGCGCUCUCCUGCGGAUCUCCAGGCUUUCCCCCCGCAGCCUCCACAGCAUCCUGGCGGACAGACACAACUGGACAAAACAGGAGGUCACCCCCUUCACCAGCUUCCUGCUCCCCGCGCUGCAGUACGCACCCGAGCGCCGCGCCACAGCCGCCCAGUGCCUGCACCACGCGUGGCUCAGCGCUCCGUGA